AUGUCUGUCGAAGUCAUAAAGACCAUCUCCCCCAACACCAACGAAGCCAUCAUCACCCGCAAUGGCCCCUCUGCCGAGGAGAUAGAGAACUUGCCCAAGACUUCCGCCGAUGCUUUCAAGACGUGGAGCAAGACAUCUCUGGCGGAAAGACAGACCAUCAUCAAGAAGGCGCUCAAACUGCUUGGCGACAGCACAGAUGAGCUGGCCCUCGAGUUGACUACCCAGAUGGGUAGACCUAUUGCUUAUACAGCAAAGGAAGUUGCCACAGCCAUCAGCCGGUCCGAAUAUCUCGUCAAGAUAAGUGAUGAGGUGCUCAAGGACACCGAUGGAGAGGCCGAGAAGGGUUUCAAGAGGUUCAUUCGCAAGGUCCCUGUCGGGCCAGUGCUUGUCCUCUUCGCGUGGAACUAUCCGUAUCUCAUCCUCGUCAACUCCCUCAUCCCUGCUCUCCUGUCUGGCAACACAGUCAUCCUGAAGCCUUCACCGCAAACGCCCACAAUUGUAGAGCAGGUAUCCAAAGCCUUCACCCAGGCGGGCCUACCCUCUGGAGUCCUUCAGUAUUUCCACAGCGGCUCACCCACUACGAUUGAGUCCCUUGUCCGGAACCCUCUGGUGUCUCUGGUCUGCUUCACCGGCUCAGUUGCUGGCGGUCUUGCCGUGCAAAAAGCAGCUUCAGACCGCAUUGUGGGUGUUGGCCUGGAACUCGGUGGCAAGGACCCUGCCUAUGUAAGAAGUGACGUGGAUAUAGCUUGGGCGGCAGAGGAAAUUGUCGACGGAGCUGUGUUCAACUCCGGCCAGAGCUGCUGCUCCAUCGAACGGGUCUAUGUCGAUGAGAAGAUUCACGACCAAUUCGUCGAGGCUGUGCAGAACGUCCUCAAGGGUUACAAGCUUGGCGAUCCAUUUGACAAGAGCACAAACGUUGGCCCCGUCAUCUCAACGAGGUCAAAGGCAGCUAUUGAGGCGCAUAUCAAAGACGCACUGGACAAGGGCGCGAAGGAUGCCACGCCUGAGAACGAAUCGUUCAGCAACCCUCCUCCGAAGGGCAACUUCGUGAAGCCGACAUUACUGACCGGUGUCACACACGAGAUGGCAGUCAUGACGGAGGAGACGUUCGGUCCCGUCGUUCCUGUGAUGAAGGUCAAGAACGACGAAGAGGCUGUCAAGCUCAUGAAUGACAGCGAGUUUGGUUUGACAGCCAGCAUCUGGACCAAGGACACUGCCAAGGCCUAUGAGCUGAGUGAAGAGGUCGAGGCGGGUACCGUAUUUGUCAAUCGUUGUGACUUCCCUAGUCGCGAUCUGGCGUGGACUGGUUGGAAGAACUCAGGCAAGGGACAGACAUUGAGCCGAUUUGGUUUCGACCAGUUUGUUAAGCUGAAGAGCUUCCACCUGAAGGACUACCCCAAAUAA